GUGUCUUUUUUUUCAAAAUUUAUCAAAGAUUUGCGGAGAGUUGCAAACCACCCACUGGCCCCCCGCUUUUGGCCAUGAGUGGAGUGGCUAGCUGAUAAGGUUAACUCGCUCCUGCCCUUGCCCUUGCCCCUGUCCUCUAGCCGGGUCACAUUAUAGCACUCAUUCCGGCGAUAAGCAGACCACUUGCUCACCCGGAGAAAAUAUAAAUAAAUUCAUUUGCCAGUAAUUGGAACUGCAUCGAAAGCGGCUAACGAGAUGAGCGGAAAAAUGGCCACAAGGAAGCCCAUCGAAGUGCUUGUCUUUGGCUCUGCCAUUAUAGACUUUAUUUGCUACACCCCCCGCCUGCCGAAGCCCGGAGAAACGCUUCAUGGACAUCGCUUCCAGACCGGAUACGGCGGCAAGGGGGCCAAUCAGUGUGUGGCUGCGGCUCGCCAAGGAUCCCGCACAGCCCUGGUGGCCAAGUUGGGUGCGGAUAGCUUCGGCACUGACUACCUGAAGCAUCUCCAGUCGGAGGGCGUUGAUGUGCAGCAUGUCCAGCAGCUGGAGGAUCAGACUACAGGUGUGGCACAGAUCGGAGUCUCCGACGGAGGCGAGAACAACAUCAUCAUUGUGGUGGGAGCCAACAAUUCCCUCAAGUCGUGCGAUGUGGCUGCUGCGGAUUCGUUGUUCCAGGAGGCCAAGGUUCUGGUUUGCCAGCUGGAAACACCCAUCGAGGCCACCAUAACGGCCCUGAAAGCCUUCAAAGGCACAUCCAUUGUAAAUGCUGCUCCUGCGAUGGAGAACACGCCGAAGGAGCUUCUCACCUUGGCCAGCAUCUUCUGUGUGAACGAAAGUGAGGCGGCCCUGAUGACCAAGGUUCCCAGCAUCGAGACCAUUGAAGAAGCCCAAACAGCCACCAGUGAGCUCAUCCGCUUGGGAGCCAACAUAGUAAUCAUAACCCUGGGAAAACUGGGCGCUGUUAUUGGUUCCAAAACGAAGCCAGGUGUCUUUGAUCAUGUAAAGGCGCCCGUCGUGCCUGCAGAAAAGGUGGUAGACACCACGGGAGCUGGUGAUGCCUUCAUCGGAGCUCUGGCCCACAAUUUGGCGCGUUUUCCGGAAAAGAAACUAACAGAACAAGUGGCAGCCGCCUGUUCUGUGGCCUCCCAGUCCGUCCAGUUGCCAGGAACUCAGUCCAGUUUUCCGCGCGCCUAAGCCCAAGGUGUGAGGGAUGCUGAGGCUGCCUUCCCUCGUACUUACUUUCCAAUAAAUCUCGGCCAGAUAAUCAAACCUUAACAGCAUAUGUAUAGUUUGCAGUGAAGCGUAGAAGUGAGACCAUGUGUUAGACUCUUUCUCAGAAUAGAAUACACCUCAUUCCGCAUCACG